AUGAGUGACGCUUCCCUCGACAGAGACGCAGUGGUGGCGAUCGCGGGCGGUGGCGACGGUCCGGGGACCUCGCCCCGCGCCGAUGAUGCAGCGCCAGCUCAACACCACGAGGCCGAGAUAACGACGGCGCUGCCACCGGGCGCGCACUGCGUGACCGACAGGCCUACUCCCGUCGGACAGGCAUCCACAGGCGAAGCUCCCACCCCCUUCUUCCAGGUCUACGUCUCCAAGCCAGCCGACUACCCUCACACGCGGUCGCGACUCCUCCUCCUCCUCACGGGCGGCACGGGCAUCAAGUCGGUCAACAACCAGAUCCAGGCGGACAGGUACGCGAGCGAGGGCUUCCUGGUCCUGAUGCCCGACAUGUUUGCGGGGGACGACGCGCCGGGAGCUACGGCCAUAACGGACGACUCGACCUCGAUACUGGAGCAGAUCAAGCUCAAGGCCGCCGAGAUGGCCAAGUCGUUCGUCAUCGAUAUGUGGCUGGCCCGCGUGACGCCCGACCGUGUCAUGCCGAUCCUGCGCAGGGUCAUCGAGGCCGCGCACGACCAGUACGGCGACGCCGUGCGCAACGGCGACGGCAUCUACGCCGUGGGGUACUGCGUCGGCGGACGCUUCGUCAUUCUCCUGGCCAGGGAGACGGCUCCGACCGCCGCUGCUGCGGCUGCUUCUGCUGCUGCUGCUGCUGGUGACGGCGGUGAUCAGGAGAGUGCCAAGCCCAAGACCGAGGGUCCAUAUAUCAGGGCCGGCGCCAUCGCCCACGCUGCCUCCGUUGCGCCCGAGGACUUUACCGACGUCAAGGUGCCGCUGAGCUUUGCCUGCGUCGAGGACGACCCGCUCUUCCCCGAUGCCGUACGCAUCCACGGAGAGGACCUCAUGGCGGAAUACGACUUGGAGCACGAGGUUCACGUAUACCCCGGUGUGCCGCACGGGUUUGCCGUCGUGGGCGAAUACACAGACUCUGCGAUCCGGUCCGCGCAGGCAACGGCGUACGAGCAGAUGCUAAGAUGGGUGCAAACGCAUUGA